GCUUCGCGGGUGGAAAAGCGGGCGCAAAUGCUAAUGAGCCUCGGUUUACGGGUAGUAGCCGGUGGUAGAGGGGGCGAACGAUCGAAGGGUGAGAGGAGAAGGGUGUCGAAGGUCGAUGGUGGUCGACAGGGAUGCGGAGAGGAACAGGAAGGCAAGAGGGCGUAGCGGAAACGCCUACGAGCCGCUCGAUUGGCCGGCGUCCGAAUGGCGUCCUGGGGGACGCGUGGCGUCGCGACGCCGACCGUCAGCUACCACCGACCAGCCACCUUCGUGCACCCCCUUCGGUGCUCUCGUCCUCGGCGACGAGGUCGACGCGAGAGCCGCGUCGUCGCGCGAGUCUUCUCCGCGAGGAUGGAGCAGCUCGCCCAGUUCGUUUCCAAGAGCUUCGACAACGCGGCUGGCGAACACGCGCCAUGCAGAACAACCACCGAACGACCUCCGUCCGCGAGGAUCACCCUCAGUGUCGCGCAUUUGCUCGGCGAUUCUGCGGAGAACGAUGGCAAUGUCGGUGCAGGGACGAGCGAAUCCGCUCAAGAUCCAUCGAGCGUCGAGGCGAGCAGCGUGGAUGAGCCGCCGUCGCCGGAAGGCCGCCUCCAACCGGAAGAUCUCUCCGUUACGACCAAGAGCAAGGAGGCGAAGGACGUGGUUAACACCGUGGACAGCCUUCCGCCUCUAAAGACGCCGGAAUUAAAGCUCUCCGUAAGAAAAUUGCUAGGAUGCAGUCCGUCGCCACCACCGAUUUCGAGAGAUCGAUCAGCUAGCCCCGAAAAUUGUGUCGAAUUGAAAAGUCAAGCUUCUAACGAAACGAAAUCGUCGGAUUUGAAGCUACAGUCGCAGGUUUCGAGGUCUUUGAUGCAGGGACAGGAAGAGAGUACGAAAGGAUCGAACUGCCGUAACAGCGGAAACGGAAACGGGAAACAGAGAAGAUCUCGAACGAAUUUCACUUUGGAACAAUUGGCUGAAUUGGAAAGGCUGUUCGAUGAGACGCAUUAUCCUGACGCGUUCAUGAGAGAAGAACUGAGCCAGAGACUCGGUUUAAGCGAGGCGAGGGUUCAAGUCUGGUUUCAGAAUCGACGCGCCAAGUGCCGCAAGCACGAGAGUCAAUUGCAUAAAGCAGGUGGAAUGGUGCUGGCUCCUCGAAGUCCGCCAGCCACCCUGGAACCGUGUCGAGUGGCGCCGUACCUGCCGGCCUUGAGGUUGCAUCCCCCAAUGCAAGGUGCCGGUGGCAACAUGACCACGGCGGCAGGUUCUGCGUUCGACCCAGCUGUCCUCCAUUACGCGGCAGCCGGCGGUCUUUUCUGUCUUCCACCACCGCCGCCUCCGCCACCGACGUCCAGUCAUCCGCACCCUCAUCCCCUGAGUUUGGCGGCUUCGUUGGCUGCGGCCGCAGCACGUUCCAAAAAUAGCAGCAUCGCGGAUCUGAGACUGAAGGCCAGACGACACCAGGAAGCACUGGGACUCGACAGGCCUGCGUAAAACGAAAAACUCCGACUUCGAAGUCGACUAACAGCGAUUGUCGCUGUUUCCUUGCACGGUGGUGAGUAUGGUAUCGCUCAGAGAGUUUCUCCGUAUGAUUCGUUGGGUUUCGAAGUUUAUUCGAAGAUUAUUUCGACGAUAGGAAGCGUCUUCGAUCUUGCAGAAUAUUUUCUUCCAUUCACUUUUUGGCGUGGGAAGUAACAGGGGUGGUUUGGAGGGGAAAAGUUUGAGAUCGGAUAAAGUAGAUUUCUUUUGGAAUGGUGGAAUUAUUUUAGAAGAACAAAGUUGAUCGUAGCCGACUCACCACCGUUGUGAAACUGUGCAGGUGAAUAUCGAUUCGUUUAGAGUAUUUGGCAAGCACUUGACUUCUUGGUCGUCGAGUGUUAUCAAGAUACUCGCUUCACGUAUUCAAUUUUCUAACAAUAACGAAGAGACGUUCUUUCCAAGUAAAUCAUCUUUCAUUCUUUUGUUUCGUUUAAUUCCAUUACACCUAUCGUAGCUAUUUUUUGACGAUUUGGUGAAGCUCUGCAAAAUCGUGAUGCAAGGAUACUCGUCAGCGAGACAGCUGCAUCAGUUCGUGUCCGAGAAGUACAAACGGAGACUCGAUGUGUAUAAAGUGAACAAUUUCCGGGAGAAGUGUGUAUUAUACAUAUAAUAUAAAGUAUUAUACAUAAAUAUAAAUAGUCGAGGGUCAGUAGUAGCUGGGCUUGGAAAUAACGAGUCGGUGAGAAGUUGCAUCCGUCGGAACGGUCGAAAUUUCUCAUUCCGAGACGAAUAAAUUCUUUGUAUUUCGAUUUCUAUUUUCUUCGUUGAACCACGAAGUGAAUAUCAACGAAAUUCUGAAAAUGCAUGGAACGAUGUUGUAGAAUGAUGGGUGUGAAAAAUUCAGAGAUUUCGAUAGGUGUCUAGCGUCUCCAGGCGAUUAAAACGAAUUCGGCGAUGGCGUGUUGAGGAUACAUGAUUGUUCUUGAAUACAUGAUUGUCACACUGUAUACUAUUAGCUUUAAAAUAUAUAAACUUAAAUCUUGUGCGAGUCGUGGAUCA